AUGAACCGAGUGACGAGCCGAGUGAUGAGCCUUCGGAUGAACCGACCCAGCGAUGAGCCCAGCGAUGAGCCAUCGAACGAGCCCAGCGAUGAGCCCAGCGAUGAGCCAUCGAGCGAGCCCAGCGAUGAGCCCUCUGACGAGCCUUCGGACAAGCCUACCGACGUCCCGACCGACAAGCCAAGCACGGCCCCCACUAGCACGCCGACGUCGCAGCCGUCCUCGGGCCAAAAGGCCAAGUGGGAACAGUGCGGCGGAAAGGACUACACUGGUAACAAGGACUGUGUCCAGGGUACGGUGUGCCACAAGUUUGACGCGUGGUACUCGCAGUGCCUCCCUACCCAGCGCAGCGGCUGGUAG